CAAUUGUAAACAUGUAACCAAGAUAAGACCCAACUGGAACCAUUCAUGCUUAAAUCCUCAGAAAUGGUUGUGUUAUAUCUGUGGUACAACUGAGAGUGUAUGGGCAUGUUUGAGCUGUCCAAAUGUGGCUUGUGGAAGGUUUAAUGAGGAACAUGCUCUCAAACAUUACCAAGAAAGUAAAGUAUGUAUACCACUGGCUAAGUAUUGUUGUCUUCUCAAACAUUACCAAGAAAGUAAACAUCCUUUGAGUAUUGAAGUUAACAACAGAUAUGUAUACUGUUAUGAAUGCGAUGACUAUGUUAUGAAUGACAAUGCUGCUGGUGAUCUGAAGAUACUACGAAGUGCUUUAAGUGCCAUAGCUACUCAAACAUUUACAGAUGUAGAAUCUAGAGGAAGAAGACUUCUAAGGUCAUAUUCUGUUACAGCUGUAGCAUCAACAACAACAGCUGAAGAUGAUGACAGAUUGGCCACAUCAGUAUGGCAUUAUAGGCACACAUUACUAACAAAGACUUUACGUGCCUGGACAAGAUUUGCUAAAGAAAACAAGGAAGAGAGGCAAUCACCACUGAGAGCUAUAAGAUUUUUAGUACCAAUCUUCAUCCCAACACCUCGUAAAACUCCAGUAAAAGAAGAAGAAUCUCCCUCAUUUUUACGACGGAGAACAUUAAUUCCAGGAAUGACAGGGUUAAGGAAUUUAGGAAAUACUUGUUACAUGAAUUCCAUAUUACAAAUACUAAGCCAUAUAGAAGUGCUCAGAGAUUUUUUCCGUUUUUCUGUGAAGCAGUUAUCUAGUAGAGUUGCCACCCCUGAAAAAAGUCCAACAGGAGCAGCCUUUUCUGUGUCGCCAAGACCAUCUAUAAGAAUGCUUAGCAGACAGACUACAACUGAAUGUUUUCAAUAUUUGAACACCAAAACCCCAUCAACUCCACCUACACCAAAGAUACCUAAAUUGGGUGGAUUAAAUGGUGGAUCAAGUCAUUCUACACCAGUAAAUAAACAGCUUAUAUUAAAUGUGGAAGAUUGCUCAACAGAAAAAAUAUCUAUGUGCCAAGAACUAAAUGGACUGUUUAGAGUAUUAUGGUCUGGCAGAUGGGCCCAAGUUAGUCCCCAUGCUUUCUUACAUUCUGUAUGGCAUGCUAUACCGACCUUUAAAGGUCAUGCUCAACAUGAUGCUCAGGAAUUCUUAUGUGAGUUGUUAGACAAGCUUGAGAAAGAACUAGAUGAAACAGAAGGUCAAAAACAUUCAAACAUUUUAACAAGAACUUUUCAGGGAAAAUUAGUUAGUCAGGUAAAAUGUUUGAAAUGUAAGAACCUAUCAUCAAGAGAAGAUCCCUUCUUAGAUCUAUCAUUAGAAUUUCCACAGAGAUAUCAGAUUACCAGUAAAAAUUCAAAGUUAGCAGAAGAUCCAUGUCACUUAACAGAAAUGCUUGCUCAAUUUACAGAUACAGAAGAACUAGAUGGAGAGAUAUACCACUGUGAGAAAUGCAAUGCCAAAAGAAAGAAAGAUAACAUUCUAUAUACAAAGGCAGAGAAAAGGCUGCUUAUCAAGAAACUACCUCCUGUACUAAGACUACAUCUGAAAAGAUUUAGAUGGUCUGGCAGAUUACAUCGUGAGAAGAUUCACACACCUGCUAUGUUUGAUGAAGUAUUAGACAUGGGACCAUUCUGUGACUGUAAAUCAGCCACUAAUACAGGCAAUGUUAAUUACAGGUUGACAGGGGUUGUGAUACAUCAUGGAACAGGAUUCAAAUCAGGACAUUACACAGCAAACUGUUGGAAUUCUGAAGCUGAAUCAUGGAUCAACUUCAAUGACUCUAGAGUAAGAUACAUUCCAAUAGAAGAAGUUUUAUUAAGCCAGGCAUAUAUAUUGAUUUAUCAGCGUCAGGAUGAAGAACUGGCAACACCAAUAGAACCGGACGAUGAAACAGUAGCAACAUCUUUAGAUUAUCAGGGACUUUCUUUAACUUUAAAAAAGGAGAUUUCUAGAAAAAUUGAUGAGGAAAUAACAUUUAAUUUUAAGACACCACCCUUAGAUACUUCAAGGAAAUUGAAAAGGAAAAGAAAUUCUACUUCCGAUACUCCAUUUAGGAUUAUCAAAAGGAGACGCUCAACAAUGUGGUGACGAGGCACAGCUCAAAUCAGUACAUCAGGGAUUCCACAGAUUCAUAGCUUAAAUUAGUUCAUUUCUAUUUUAAUUUUAGUCUUUACAUCUAAACCAUAUACAUGAUAUACAUACAUUCUUUUCACUGUUUUCUAAAGGAGAUCAUUUGAGCAAACUAUUCAGUUAGUAGAAAUUCCAUCAAUACAACAACCAUUUAAUAUCGUGUAAAUAGAGAAUAUCAUAUGGCUUUUUCAAUAUCACACUCAUAUCAACCCGAGACACCAAAAUAAUCCCAAGAGCUCUGCUCGAGGGAUUAUAUUGGUUGAGGGUUGAUACGGUGUGUGAUAUUGAAUAAGCCAUAUUAUAUACACUUUAUUAUAUACCUUAAGUAGAUGUUUUUCGUGUGACACAGAACGUAAUACAGAUAAUGGGUUUGAUAAAGCCUUUGCAACAGUGACUGAUAUCCAUGACGUCAUACAAGUAAGGGGUUUGAUAAAGCCUUUGCAACCAUGACUGAUAUCGAUAUCAUCACGGGUGCAUACGAAAAAGGGUCGAAAAAAAAUAUUCCCUUGAAUUUGACAGUUGUAGGAAAAUAAUCCUACAUUUCAUUGCAGUAAAAAAUUUCUGAGUCAUAAACAUAUAUCUUGGGUGUUUUAAAGCACCCUUAUUUUUUUAUUUUGUGUUUCUAUAGAAUAUUUUGGAAACUUGAGGUUACAUGGUUACUAAAGCUUGUACACAGGAAGAAAAGGGGUGAAAAUUUGAUUGGUUAACUUCCAGUGAUGGUUAUUUUCUUAUAUGCAAUGAAAUGUAAUGUGAAAUUUUGUCUAUAGUACUGGAGAGGAUAAAACUUUACUCAUGCCAAGUAUUUCUUUAUUUGAAACAAAGAUAAAUUCUGCACAAUUUUUUGAAAAGUGCAAAUUUAACAAAGACUAAUAGGGGAAAAUCAAUGGUGGUAUUACACCUUUAAGGUGAUUACUUUUUGUGAUUUUAUAACUUUGUUGAUGUAUUAAUAUAAGAUAAGAUUCAAGUUUGACAUUUAUGCAUUAUUUUUUUCUGGUCAUAAAAGACGCAUUGAUUAGUUCUUCCCAGAAUAAUUUGGUUUUACAUUAAUGAGAGUUAUAGCUGUAAGGGGUAAGAAUACCUGUAAAUAUUGAUCUUUUUGUCUGUUUAUCCAUAAUGCUUUUUGGAGUGUAGUUAUCACAUGAAAAACGUUUCUGAAUCUGUAAAUGAUGUAAAAAUUUUAAACUUCAGUGUAAUUAUCCAAAAAUAUAGUCAAAUUCCGUUAUGUUAUUGAUUGAAAAUUACAAUUAACUUGAAUUAAUAACCGAAUUAAUUGAAAGACCCAAGGUACAGUAAAGAUGAAAGAAUUAAGAAUUAAAACUAAGUGAUUUGAAAACAUAGACUGGACGUCACUGUAUAGCAACUUUAGAGAAAGUUAACAGCAUGUAUCUUUAAGGGAACACAUGUAAUUUGGUCGCAGUACUUCUGUAAUUUGUAUUGACCUAUCUAUGUAAAAUUUAAUGUAUAGUUUUCUCAGGCUUCGAAAUGCAAAUUCAUGAAUCUCUGUAAGAAUCAUGAUAAAUAUUGAAUAUAUCAUCAUUUGAAAUAGAAAUACUACACCACAAUACAAAAUCUCAUUUGUCAUCAGGUUUAAAAUCUCAUUCAUCAUUCAUCAUAUUUGAAAAAUCAUUUGUUAUGAUGAUUGAAAACUCAUGUAAUGGUAAAUUUAAAUCUGCUGUGCCUUUAUUUGUUAAUGAUAAAUAUUAUGUUUUUUUUUGCUGUCUUGAAAUUAAGGAAAAUAUUUAGAUUGUAUUGGUAAAAUUUAGUAGGACAAGAUGUAUUCAUUUUAGGUAAACUUUAUCAAGCUUUAAUGGCAUGAAACAAUAGAAAAUUACCCAUUCAGCAAUCUACUUUCGUUUUAAUUGUCCUGUUCUUUGGUGAAGACGAAUGCUUCAUACUUCUACUUUAUGCACCUGUCUGUACAUUUGUCUGAAUUUAUGCUGGAGUUAUACUAAUGGCAAGGUAUAACUAGAGUUUUAUAAACAUAGAAGGAAUACACAAUAAUUGAAACUGCUUAUUUAUGAAUUGAAUAUUACUUGCAAUUGUACCUUUUCUGAAUUUAAUAUUACUUGCAAUUGUACCUUUUCUGGCAAUAAAAGAUUUGUAAAAAUAUACAUAACAUCUAAGAGGUAGAAUAAUCACAAUAGGCGAAUUUAGAAAUUGGACUUUUGUCCCCUUUAAUUAUUGUGAGCAGUCUUAUCUUUCUGAUAAUUGAGGCUUUGACCAAUCAAAAUUUUCAAAACGGUAACAUUCCACUAAUUUCUGAAUUGGUCCAUUAUAUUAAUAGAAUUGUAAUUUAUUAUGGUUAGCAGUUUAAUAAGAUAUUAAGAAGUACGUUUUUUAAGGAUGCAUCACAUAUAUAUUUCACAAUUAUACACAAUACAUUGAAUUUUAAAUAGUUUGUCAUUUGUAUGUAGACAGAAGGUUGUUUCAUAGUACAUAUGAUUUAUAGUUAUAUUCAUGGCAAAUAUUAAAUGGCAGCAAGUAUUUUAAUUUGUACUUAACAUUUAUAUUUACACAUUCUAAUUUGGGCUGAUAUUUUGUUUCUUUAGGUUAAAGGUCAUAGUCCAACCUAUUUUAAUUCAUACAAUUCUUUGUUUUUGUUUAUGAAAUGUAGCUGUUAUAUUUUAUUACAUCUAAUAUAAAUAUGUAGAUUUAUUCAUUAUCAGUUAAACAAAUAGAAAUAAUGUGUUAACCAUACAAUCAACAAAUGGUCCUUUUGCAAAUUUCUGAGGCCAUGGACAUUGGAGUAUUGGACUUGGAAUAUUUUUUAACCCCUGUGAAAAUAUUGUGUAACAUUUGAUUGAUAUUCCAUUCCAUGAUAUUUGUAUUCAGUUAGUUUAGCAAUAUUGCAUAGUCAUUAUAAAACAUAUUUAACCUUGAGUUUGAAUUAAUUUUUUGUUUUAAUUUUCAACCAAUAAAAUUUUCAUUCCACAGACACUGAGUUAUUAGAAUAGAAUAGAAUUUCUCCAUGUUUACAAAUUUCAAAUACAAUAAGUGUCUUACUUUUGAACUCACAGAAAAUUUGUGCACCAUGAGUAUUGAAUAUGGUGUAGGUAAUAUACUUCUUUUAAAUAUGCUUCUGGAAGUUGAUACUCUUUUUUUUAUAUUUAUAUAACUAAUAUUAAAGUGAAACAGGCUUAGUUCUCAAAAGAGAAUAAAAAGUUUUCUUAGAUUUUUAUUCCAAGUCAUAUGUAAAUUCUUUACUGAAAAAGGUGCAUUAAUAUUCUGUAAUUAUCAAAUUUAAUGUAAAUAAGACAGGUAUUAUAUCAAAAUUGAUUAUUUAUUAAAAUUUAAGAUAAUGCAUAUAUUGCUUUAGUUUAUUUUUUUCAUCUUUAGUUUAAUUUUAAACAGUUCAAUAUACAUUAUAUCAGUUGAUGAGAGAAUUUUUUACAGAAAUCCACAAACUGUCUCGCAUUCAAAAAUGAUCUAUUUUAUAACUUGUAUAGUAGAAAUAAAAUUUUCCAUUUUUUGAAGUUCCUUGCUAAUGUUAUCAGAAGAAAAUGUAAAAUGUUAAAUCCCACCGUGUAAUUGUCCUUGUCCAAAGUUAAGAACUUCAUUGGUGGUUGUAAGUAUGUUUUUGUUCCCUUAAGAAUCAAGUGUUAAAGGCAGAUUUGUAAUAGUCUCUGUUAAGUUUAUUCAAAGCUUACCUUAACUCAGGAGUUGCUUAUAAUGGUAAAAAUGGCGAUGAGGGUAGUGAGAGAACAAAUUUUGACAAUUUCAUGCCAAAAAGGGAAUUUUAUUAUCAAAGUAGAGCUUUCCCCUCUACAUCCCACCCGAGUGCACCACUUAUUUAUAAUUUGUUUUUGUCUUUAUGAUGUAUAAAGUUCACCCCUCAAAUUACUUAGAAUUAAUGCGGUCAGUAUCCAUUUAUAGAUAUAGAAUAGAUAGUGUAUUCAUUUAUGGAUAUAGAAUAGAUUAUCAUAUAUUGUUAUUUAGUUCUUCUUCAAUGUUGAAUAGAUUUAAUAUAUGCAAUCAAAAAAAUAUACACCAAUAUACUCUGUUGAGAAUAGAAUGUAGUAAUAUAUUGUUGGCAAUAAAUAAAUUUAAUUUUU